AAAAUAUUUUCCAAAAUUUAGUUACAAAUGAUAAUCAUCAUCAUCAUCAUCACGAUGAUAAUGGUGAUGUUGAUCAAGAUGAUGAUGAUCAUUUGAAAAUGUCUUCCAACCUACCACUACCACAAUUAUUACGAUCAUCAUCAUCAUCAUCAUCCGGUUUAUCAAAAGGAAAUAUCCUAUCAGAUACUAUUGAUGAUGACGAUAUUGAUAUUGAAAAUAUUGAUGACAUUGAUGACAAUAUUGAUGAUGAUAAUAAUAAUCAGCAACAACCAAAACUAGAUUCUUCAAUAAAAAGAUUGCAGCAACAACAGCAACAACAAAAACAACAACGACGAAAUCUAAAUAAAAACGAUUAUAAUGAUGAUGCGUAUGAUGAUGAUGAUUAUUAUUAUGAUGAUAAUAUUGAUGGUGUUGCUGAUAAAUAUAACGAUAAACAGCAGCAAAAUAAAUAUUUUGAUGAUUUAACAGAUGAUGUUUAUGGUGAUGCCAUUGAUGAUAAUGUUGAUGAUGAUGAUAAUAAUGUAUUUAUGCUCGAUAUGUAUCGAUCAAUAGUGCCUCAUUUUGAUAUUUUAAAUUUGGUUCCAAUCGAUACAAUCGAUAAUGGUGAAAUCUCUACAAACAUAAAUGGUCGUCCGACAAUCAAUCACCCGACAUUAUCAUCAACAACAACGAAAAAUCGAUGGAAUAUAGUUGGUAAUAUUACGUUUGAUCGUGCAAAUAUCAAUACUAUUAUCUAUAUUGGUUCGGAACAAACAAAAUUACCAAAUUAUAUUGUUUAUGCUGAAAAUAUGAAUCAACAACAAAGACAACAAAAACAACAACAACAACAACAACAAAAUAUUAUCGUCGAUAAUCAUGAUGAUAAUGUACAUAGUGUUGGUGGUGGUAAUGGUGGUAAAGGUGGUGGUGGUGGUGGUGGAAAACCACGUUUUCGUGUUGUUACAAAUAUUGCACCACCAUUUGUUAUUGAAUCAACAAAAUUAGAUAAUAAUACAUGUCUUAUUGGUGAUUUUUGCCUUAAAGUUUCAACAAAUGUUCGUGAUGAUUUAAUAUCAAUAUUUACUGAUUUUCGUUCACAACGACGACAAUUUGAAGGACAACAAUAUUAUGUUAAUUGUUGUGCCGGUAUUGCAAUCGAUCUACUAAAUGCAGUUGCAAGAGAUUUACAUUUUGAUUAUGAUCUUUAUUUGGUUGCUGAUGGUUUGUUUGGUAUUCGAAAAGAUGGUAAAUGGGAUGGUGUUACUGCUGAUCUAGUUAAUGAUGUUGCACAUUUAAGUUUUACUGCAUUCAGUACAACUAGUUCACGUGUACAGGCAAUCGAUUAUUCUGUACCAUUUUUUUAUUCCGGUGUAUCAUGUUUAUCAUCAGUUAGUUCAUAUUCGGAUGUACGUUUAUUAGCAUUCCUAAUACCAUUCAGUUAUGAAUUAUGGGCUGCAAUAUUUGCAUCAUUAGUUGCAACAGCAAUUGCUGCUGCAAUUUAUGAAUGGUUUUCACCAUUCGGCCUUAAUCCAUGGGGUCGACAACGUACGAAAAAUUUCUCAUUAGCAUCAGCAUUAUGGGUUAUGUGUUCAUUAUUAUUUAGUCAUCUUGUUGCAUUUAAAGCACCUAAAUCAUGGCCAAAUAAAGUUUUAAUCAAUGUUUGGGGUGCAUUCAGUGUUAUAUUUUUAGCUACCUAUACUGCUAAUAUUGCUGCACAUUUUGCCGGUUUCCUUUUGCCAGAAGUUAAUGAUUUUCAUGAUAGUAGUUUAAUGCAACAACGUACUGGUACAGCAAGAUCAUCAGCAUCUGAAGGUUAUUUAAUGGAAAAAUAUACUGAUUUAUGGCAUCAUAUACAACGUUAUAAAGUUGAUAGUUUUGAUGCUGGUUUGGAAAGUUUACGAAAUAAUAAACUAGAUGUAUUGAUUGGUGAUACAGCCAUUCUAGAUUAUUAUCGUGCAAAUGAUCCCGGAUGUAAUCUACGUUUAUUAGGUGAUUCUAUAUUUGAUGAUGCAUAUGCUAUUGGUAUGCAAAAAGGUUUUCCAUUUCGUGAAUCCAUUUCAAAUUUAAUUCUUAAAUAUAAUGAAUAUGGAUUUUUGGAUCAAUUGCAUCGUAAAUGGUAUGGUCGUGUACAUUGUUUAGAAUCAACAUCGUUAUCCAAACCAGAACCAUUAACCGUACGUGGUGUUGCUGGUGUUUUUCUUAUGCUUUUUAUCGGUAUUUUGGUUGGAAUCCUAAUAUUAUUGGCCGAACAUUUUACAUUUAAAUAUCUAUUGCCCGGGUUUCGUAAAAAACCUAAAGAUUGUUUUUGGAAAAGUCCAAAUUUAAUGUUUUUUUCACAGAAACUAUAUCGUUUUAUUAAUACAGUUGAAUUAGUAUCACCACAUCAUUCGGCAAAAGAAAUUAUUACAAAUCUACGUGAAGGACAAAUUGCUAGUUUAUUUCAAAAAAGUGUUAAAAGGAAAGCAAAAGAAGAAGCCCGAAGACGAAAAAGUAAAUCACAAUUUUUCGAAAUGAUACAAGAAGUUCGUAAAGUCGUCCACCUACAACAAACCGAACGUAGUAUGCAAAAAGAUGAUGCUGAUGUUGAUAUUGAUGAUGAUGAUGAUGAUGCGGAUGGUGAUGAUGAUUUAUUAUCCGAUCUAAUGAUCGAUGAAGAAGCAGCAUUAAAUACAAAUGUUAAUAUGCGUGUAACACGACCAUCAUUUUCAUUAUCAUUAUUAUCAACUACAACGGAUAAUUCAAUCGAUAUGGAUCAAAAUCGUAUUUCAUCAAUUCGUUUUCGAGAGCCGAAUGACCAUCAAUUUGACCAGCAAACCUCAAAUAUUGUUGGUGAACGUAAAAGUAAUUUGAAAAGUUCAUUAGAAUUGGAACAUCCAUUGUUUCGUUGUCGUCGUCGCCAUCAACAACAUCGACGUCAUCGUCGUCGAUCAAAUCAAAGUAAUCAAUCGUUAAAAGAUGAUGAAAAACCAAUUGACGCAGCAACCAGAUUACGAAGACAAAAAUUGCUACAAAGCAAACAAACAAGUCAAUCAUUUAGUUUGGAAAAUAUUUAUUUUGAAGGACUGUUAUCCGAAGGUAUUUGUGAUCCGGAACAAAAACGACAAUAUUCCCGUAAACGACGGAUAUUAUCAUUUGAAGAUUUACCUGCUAUAAAAAAAGAAUUAAGUGAAUCAUCACAAGAAGGUGAAUUCAGUGGUAGCGGUGGUUAUUCAAUGAUUGAAUCCGAACAAUAUCGUCAUUACACGACCAAAUCAACAUCGAAAAAACCAACAAGGAAAACAAAAUUGAAAAAUUUGCCAUCAACAUCCACAUCAGCAGCAGCAAUGAUCGAUCAUUCAUCAAUCGAACGAUUAUCGAAAAAUGAAAUUAUUAACCUAUGGAAUUCAUCGGAAAAACAACUGUUAAAUCGUUUAACAGUAACGAUUCAGAAAAAUCAUAUUUUAGAAGAAAAAUUACAAUUAUUACAACAAAUGUUAAAAAAACCACCUUGAUUUUUUAUUCAUAAUGAAAUAAUAUUUGAAUCAAACAAACAAACAAUCGAUUGUAUCGAUGAUCAAAAAAAAUUUUUUCACACACGCCCAUCACUUACACACCUUCCUUUCUAAAUUCAU